AAACGACCUUAACCAGAUUUCCAUCUGACUGUUCGCCUCCACCGUUUAACAAGACAUCGGUCGAUCCGCCCGCGCCAGCAAGCCAUGGCGGGAAACUCGCCUCCCUCGCCGUCGCACUCGCAGCUCCCGCCCGUGCCGUCAAGCCCAACAUUCUCGUACGCCUCGACCGCGAACCCGCUGUCGCAGUACAGCCUCCCGCUCCCACCCCCGCCACGCCCGGCCCACCCCGUGCUCACCAAGGCCGACCUGGAGCAGUCGCAAACUGCCUACGCCGAUCUCCUCGCCAGCGCCAAAGCCUACCGCCUCGCCCUCGCUGCCCUGUCAACCGCCGCCUCAGCCUUUGGCGCCGCGCUAGAAGCCUGCGCCCGCCUGAAGGAGGCCCGCGCCGAAAUCAUCCACAGCCCCCCGCCGCCGCCGCCGGCCGCACCAGGAGCCGACCCUUUGAUAGGCAACAAUUCCAACCCCGCGCCGGCAACAACUACCACAACUACAGCAGCACCAGCACCAGCAGCAAACCGCCCCGGCGCCGGCGAAAGCUGCACAGCGGACACCCUCCUAACCGCCGCAGGCCUGCACCACCUGGUCGCCAACCACCAGCACAUCCUCUCCGAAACAGUUUACCGCUCCUUCGAAGUACCCCUGCUGCACGAGCUCGACAAGUGGCGGGCGGCCGUCGAGGACGAGGAGGAGAGAUACACACGCGAGGUGUCGACGCGCAGCGCCGAGAUCCGCCGCCUCGAAAAGGACGGGCUUAAGCAGCUGCAGCGGCAGGGCCGGCGGCGCGAUGUCGCGCGGUUUCGGGCGCAUUUGGUGGAGUUGACCGCCCGGUUGGAUGGGUUGACGGCGCUGCAUGCCAUGCAUGCGACUACCUUGUUGAGGGAGAGUCAGGAUACGAGUUUGAGGAUUUUGGAUGCUAGCUGUAGUCUGGUCAGGGCGGAGGUGGAUAUUUUUGAGAGCUUGGCCCGGAAGGGGUGGUCGGGGGGUGGGUUGGAGGAUGUGCUUGAGAAGGGGGUGGAUUUGUUUGCGGCUGAGAUGGACCCUCUCCUUGCUGGGACGGGAAGGGGUGGUGCCGGGGUUGGGGAUGGUGGCGGUGUGGGCGGGGAGGGGCCGAAGCUGUUCAGCAUCCUCCCGCCGAGGAGCAUACUCGCCGAUACGGCCGGGCCGGGGGCGGACCAGCGGAGCCACGCGCGCUCGGACAGCCUGCUGGUAGGGGUGGAUGCGGAAAACCGCUACCAGAGCCUGGUUGGCGCCGUGGGGGGGAGAGAAAGGGAUCGUGACGCAGAGAGCGUCUUUUCUGAUUUCAACCGGUCGCGGAACGUGCGGCCUUUUUCGCCGCAGCCGCAGCCGUUGAAGUUGAACCCGGAGGAUCUGAUUGGGAGUUUGGAAGAAGACGCUAUGGAGCCAGAGAAGGGAAAGCAGCAGCAGCAAAACACCAAACUGUUGCAUGGCCAUGACCGGCAGGAAGACACUGACGAAGGGUGUCCCGUGGAGGACAGUCGGGGGGACGACAACGAGGAGGAACAUCCCUGGCGUGACGAGGGGCUACGGCGCCGGACGCUGUCGGGAGAUGAAGAAGAGCAAGAACGAGUUGGCGCAAGCCUAGGGGAUCCGAUGCACGCACGAGAGGAGAGCUGGAGCGUCGCGAGUGUUAAUACAUGAUGCCGUGUUUUUAACGGUCUGAGUCAGGUACUUUGGGAGGCUAGGUGCCUUCGGGUGGCAGAAGUACCGAACAUGUUCUGAGCAAUUUGUACAAGUACUAGUACAUACAGCUGGAGCAUCUUAAGUAUACCCUCAAUUCACAUUCUCACAGGCCAUGUACGCCUAGAGUUGAUGGAUCUGGAUGAUGUUGGUGAUUACAGAGACGAUA